CGUGCGUUCAAUCGUAACACCAAUCGAACUUCAGUGUGGUUUAAUAUACGUGCAUUUUUGUCUAUUUUUCAGAUUCUGUAUUGUUUAUUUGAUCUGAUUUUUUUUGGAACCAAUAUUGAGCUGUAAAAUGCCGCCCAAGAAGACAAAGAAACAAGUUGAGGAUGAAGAGCCCCGGAUGAUGAAUGGAGUGUUUAUGUUUCCAAAUGGCGACAGAUACGACGGUGACUACAUGCGCAAACCAGACGGGACCAUUUUCAGACAGGGACAAGGCUGUCACACUGCCUCAGAUGGGACCAAGUACGAGGGCGAGUGGCUCAAUGACACCAUGACAGGCCAAGGAUCAGUGGAGUACCCCUCCGGAGCCAGUUACGAGGGAGAGUUCAACGAGAACAAGUUCCAUGGCAGUGGGCGCUACAACUGGCCAGACGGCGCCGUCUACUCCGGACACUUCGAGGACAACAGGAUCUGUGGAGACGGGGAAUUCCUGGACCCCGAUGGACAAGCAUGGGUGGGCAAUUUCGACAACAAAAUGGCUCUGGGACUCAAGUUCAAACUAGGACUCUAAAUGACGUAAUUCACAGUUCCUCAUCUCCUCAUUUCGCAACAACUUUCUAGAACAUAUAGUUUCAUAUUUUUAAAUUUCGUAUUUUACCUUAGUUUUAUCAUUUUUUUGCUUCUGUUUGUUUGUUAACAUUGUUAAAUUAACGUGAUUUUACCAUAA